UUGUCCGCUUCCCCUCUGCUCUUUAGCUUUAGCUCAGCUCACGCCUCACACACACACACGCACCGGCUGCCGGUGACAGAUUUUUCGUCCGUUCUUUGUUUCGUAAAGCUGCCAAAACGUCUUACGCAAUGAGAGGCGAUCGGGGAAGGGGCCGUGGUGGCCGUUUCGGUUCCCGUGGAGGUUUAGUUCAAGGAUACCGGCCCUUCGUCCCUCACAUACCGUUUGACUUUUAUGUCUGUGAGAUGGCCUUUCCACGGGUGAAGCCAGCACCUGAUGAGACUGCAUUUAGUGAGGCUCUGCUGAAGCGCAACCAAGACCUCAGUCCUACACCCGCAGAGCAGUCUUCCAUUUUGUCUUUGGUAACCAAGAUCAACAACGUCAUUGAUAAUUUGAUUGUGGCUCCUGGAAACUUUGAAGUGCAAAUCGAGGAGGUGCGGCAAGUGGGCUCGUACAAAAAGGGUACGAUGAUGACAGGCCACAACGUAGCUGAUCUUGUGGUUAUCCUGAAGAUUCUUCCCACUCUGGAGGCAGUUGCAGCAUUAGGAAACAAAGUGGUGGAGACACUUCGCACACAGGACCCGGCUGAGGUUCUGUCUAUGCUGACCAACGAGACAGGCUUUGAGAUCAGCUCUGCUGAUGCUACAGUAAAGAUUCUCAUCACUACCGUUCCUCCCAAUCUGCGCAAGCUUGACCCAGAACUCCACCUUGACAUCAAGGUGCUGCAGAGUGCUCUGGCUGCUAUUCGCCAUGCUCGCUGGUUUGAGGAGAACGCCUCUCAGUCAACGGUGAAGGUUCUGAUCAGGUUGUUGAAGGACCUGCGGGUGCGUUUUCCUGGCUUUGAGCCUCUUACACCCUGGAUUUUGGAUCUCCUGGGACACUCAGCUGUCAUGAAUAACCCCUCCAGGCAGCCGCUUCCGCUUAACGUUGCCUACAGGCGCUGUCUGCAGUUGCUAGCAGCUGGACUUUUUCUGCCAGGGUCUGUAGGGAUCACUGACCCAUGUGAGAGCGGAAACUUCCGUGUGCACACUGUAAUGACCUUAGAGCAGCAGGACAUGGUGUGUUUUACUGCCCAAACACUGGUAAGGGUCCUUUCUCAUGGUGGCUACAGGAAGAUCUUGGGCCUUGAGGGAGAUGCAAGCUAUCUAGCCUGUGAGAUGUCCACUUGGGAUGGGGUGAUAGUCACUCCAUCUGAGAAAGCCUAUGAGAAGCCACCAGAGCGCAAGGAAGAGGAGGAUGAAGCAUUGGAAGAGGGAGGAGAGGGAGAAGACGAAAGCAUGGAGACACAAGAGUGAACUAAGUCAGACUUCUGCCAGCAUUUUCCACUGAAUCCAUGUCUCCGUAAGCCCCGACAUCCUCUCCUCUUCUGUGAAUGUAGCCUCAGGCAGCAAACACAACAAUACGGACCAAAAGUCACCAGCUGCGUGAACCAUCUUUCUGCUGUACAUCACUUCAACCAGUGGCUUCUGUUUAAACAGAGGAGGAGUGUAAAGUCCCCCAUCAUUUUCUAAUGUGUGUGUGUGUUUUUUUUUUU